AUGGCCAAUCCUAUCUCGGUCGAGUUCGGUCGCAAGGUCCGAUGCGAUAAGGCGGUGCCAUGUUCGACCUGCAUCCGACGGGGUGAGGCAGAGCUUUGCGUCCGCGAGACGGUCAUCGUCAGAGGCAACGUGACCGUAGCCCAGGACUCCGAUCAACAGCCGACAUACGAGCAGCUGCUUGUCGAGAUUGCACUGCUGAGGCAGCAACAGGUGCCACCGCAACCACAGCCGCACAUUCUUCCGGUGCCGUCACAACAGUUGGAUUACAACGCAGUCCAUCUGACCGUUGAGAGGUCACGUGCACUCGACGAGACCCUGUUCCAAUCUGCGGCACCACACCUCCCCACUUCUAACCGCAUCGGCUGGGACUCGAUCAUCCUUCCCAGUACGCAGUGCAGCAUCGGCCUGGUCGAGUACGACAAGAUAUGGAACUCGUGGGUGCACUACGCGAUCGAGUAUCCGCAGUUUGAGCACGAGCACAACCGCUUUCUACUCGCACUGCAAUCCGGCACACCGCUACACGAGUACGAUGCAUCAUGGCUGGCUAUCUACUUCAGUGUCAUCACAGCUGCAUUGCUGACCAUGGAUGAUGAGGAGGCGAAUCAAUUAGGUCUCUUAGCCCUAAACUACGACUACACCACUCUGUUGCGCAACUGGUAUGAUGCUUCACUUUUCUGCUUACACCAGGCAGACUUUAUGCGCCGGCUGGAUAUGCGGACAGUGCAAGCUGUUGCCAUCCUGGGCAUCUGCUUUGUCAACUUUGGCGACAAGCACCUGUACGAAUCCAUAUGGGCCUGCGCCUUUAGUAUUGCACAGCGUCUAGGACUUGACCAGCCGGGCGUUUCUGCUGCUGAUGGGAUGAGUCAGGAGGCCCGCCGGCGGCUGUGGUGGACGUUGGUUAUUUGUGACUGGCUCCAAGUGCCGUACCGCAUCCCGAUAGUGAGAGACGGCGACUUUGACGUCGACCUGCCAUCGGUGGAGGGCAAUCCAAGGCCGAUUGGGUCCGAUGGCCGUUCCAUUCACCCGGUCCACUACCACACCUUCAUGGCGCGGUGCUCGAGAGUCUGGCACCGCUUCCAGGCCGCCCUACGUACGACGGCUGGUGCGGCCACCCUGGAUGAUACGGUGCGGCGGGCGGACUGUGAGCUGGCCGAGAUUAUCGAUACGUUGCCGCACUACCUGCAGCCGGACCGACAAUAUGAGGCAGACGAGCUGGAGGCGACAUAUCCGUGGAUUGUGUGGCAGCGCUUCGACAUCACGCUCGUGCUGCUACACCUGCGACUGCGGGCCAAUCAGGUGCUACGGGACACGUGGUCAGCGAAGACGACAACGAGGACGACGCCGAUGCACCAUCCGUACAGCUGGGCGCGGAGCCUCUGCAUCGCCACAGCCCGGGAGCUCAUUUGGAUCUGCCAUCACUGGCACCAGCCGGUGACGAAACGGCGGCAGUGGGCACUGUCGUUCUACGUCUUCAAUGCUGCUAGGCACCUCGUCGAAGAGUGCCUUGAAUGGUCAACUACGGAUAUGGAGAAGCUCGCGUGGCGCUCUGAUGUUGCCGUAGGAAUGGCCUACCUCGAAGCCAUCCAGUCGCACAACGUCAUCGCGCAGGAGGGCGUACAGAUCCUGAAAGGGUUGUUGCAGUAG